GUGUGCAACCCGGGUGUGUGUGUGGGGCGGGGGACGCUGGUGUAUGGUGGAGUGUGUCUGCGGGGCGGAUACUAUGGGCCCAGACAGAUUGUCAAGCUGAGGCAGGAAAUAGAGAUCAACCAGAGGUGGUAGCUAGGCACCAGUAGAUGUAGCUCAGCAGUGAUUGACUGACAGCGUUGACUGAGCUGUACAUGUUAGAAAUCCUCUACUGACUUGCACGAGAUCCAUUUAUCUGUUCAUCCCAUGGCAGCCUUGGACCCCCCUAAGCGAUUUACAGCAUUUGUAAACAGAUUUGUCUGAGGAGAUGCGGGGCGUUUCAGCCUUCUUCAGCGCCGUGUGGGUGGCCGUUUGCUCGUUGAUAUGGCCCGACCUGAAGCAGCUGACCGUCCCUCAACUUGCGAAGCGCCUCUCGAGCCGCUUUUCCUUCAUCAAGAUCAGACUGAGUGCCCUCCGUGAGCUGCACCGGCGUGUCAAGGAGAAUCGCCACGCGGCCACCGACGCCAUUCAUGCGCUGCCGGUGCUGGUGCGGCUACUCAAGAGCUGCCAGCCCAUGAUUGUGAGAGAGGCGGCCAGAUGCCUGGCAGCUAUCGCCAUCAUCGCUGCUGACGACCUCGAUGCGGCUGCUGCAAUGUCCGCUCUCCGGCAGCAACUCUCGUCCCCGCAUCUCGAUGUGCGCGUGCACGCGGCAAGUGCGCUCUGCCGCAUUGCAACUUCACGGCAAAGGGUGGGCGUCAACAUGGCCUGUCUGCUCGGCGUCAUUUCCGACGGACUCAAAAGCGGCGAUGCAGCCAUCCAACUCGAGGCCGCCGCUGCAGUUCGCAAGCUGGUCGCCAUCGAAGGAGUGCCGCCCAUCCAGGAGGCCAUCGAUGCGGGUGUCGUUCAACCACUCGUGGGGUUGCUCAGUGACUCGAGCAUGCCGAAGGUGCAGUUUGAGGCGGCGUGGGCGCUGACCAACAUCGCUGGGGGCACAUCGGAGCAGACGCAGGCCGUCGUUGAGGCUGGUGGCAUUCCGCCCCUCAUUCAGCUGCUGUCGUCUGAUGGUGACGCGCGCGACCAGGCCAUGUGGGCACUGGGCAACAUCGCGAGCGAUGGGCCACUUUCGCGCGACCUGGUGCUGGCAGCGGGCGUCAUUAAGCCACUGGUCGAUCUGCUGCGCGAGAGCAAGAAGGUGUCAAUCGUGCGCUCAGCCACCUGGACGCUCUGGAAACUGUGCCGUGGGCGGCCCCAGCCGCUCUUCGAGUUGGUGUCGCCAGCGGUGCCGGUGGUCGCAGAGCUCAUCAAGACGCCUCAACAAGACGCUGAGGUGCUGAUUGGCGCGUGCUGGGCACUGUCAUACGUGACCCACGGGAGAGCUGACGAGGACAUCGAGGCCGUGGUGGGCAGUGGUGUGUGCGGUCGUCUGGUGCAGCUGAUGGGCCAUGACAGCCGUGAGAUUCAGCUAUCUACAGUGAGUACCGUCGGCAACAUCGUCGCGGGUACAUAAACGCAUACACGGAGGGCUGGGUUGAGGAGAGGGAGAUUAAGGUGGCUGGUCAAUGCGUGCCCUGAUCUUGUGUGUGUUUGUGUGGUCUCAGGCAAUGAUGUGCAGACACAGGCAAUGAUCGAGUGGGGCGCCAUUCCUGCUUUGCAGGGGCUGCUGUCGUCGCCCGUAGUGCGUAUUCGCAGGCAGGCAUGCUGGACGAUCUCCAACAUCAUGGCUGGUGGGUGAGCUCAAACAAACAAAGCAGUGGGGACAAUGGCGUAUCUGUGUCUGGUCAGGUUCACGUGAGCAGCGUCAGGCGGUCAUCGAUGGCGACGUGGUGCCGCAAGUGAUCACCACAGCCACCACAGACGAGCCGAACGUCAGGAGAGAGGCACUGUGGGCCAUCAUCAAUGGAGUGUUUGGGCGGAUCACAGCAGCAGGUACCGAUAAGACCACCUGGAAUGAAUGUGCUGUAAUGUCAUGGUUGUUCAGGUGGAGUAUUUGGUUGCGAGUGGUUGCGUCGGGCCGCUGUGUGA